GUUCGUUGUUUUGAUCAGCUGACUGCAGCAUUCUCACAUGAUUCCAUCCGUCUACCGUUGUUGGAAUUCUCACUGACUGCGACUUGACUGUCUUCUAUGGGAGAGAGUCUUUCUGAAGUGACUACACUUCAGGAGAGGUGACAUAGCGUCUUGUGGAAGAUGCCUACCAAUAAGUCUGUGUCGAAGGCGCCGAUCACCCAGUUCGUCAACUGCAGGAUACUAAGAGAUCACAAGCUGCAGAGAGAGGAUCUGUGGGUGCGGGAAGGGCGGAUCCUAGACCCGGAGAAGUUGUUCUUUGAUGAGGAAGGCUACGCAGAUCAACGUGUUGACUGUGAAGGCCUCAUCAUCGCUCCUGGGUUCAUUGACGUUCAGAUCAAUGGAGGAUAUGGCGUUGACUUCUCGCAAGCAACCAGUAAUGUCAGAGGAGGUGUGGCCCUAGUAGCCAAGAAAAUCUUGGAGCAUGGUGUCACCUCUUUUUUACCCACCCUAGUCACCUCCCCUCCAAACAUCUACCACAAGGUCUUGUCUGAGGUUAAAGUUCACAGUGGAGGAGUGGAGGGAGCUGGAGUUCUGGGCUGUCAUCUAGAAGGUCCAUUCAUCAGUUUAGAGAAGAAGGGAGCCCACCCGGAGCAGUACCUGCGCUCCUUCCAGUCGGGCGGCAUGUUGGACCUGAUUGAGACCUACGGGACCCUGGAUAACGUUGCCAUGGUGACGUUGGCCCCCGAGCUACCCAACAGUGAGAAGGUGGUUAGAGAGUUGGCUCAGAGGGGAAUCACUGUUUCUCUAGGACACUCUGUAGCCAACCUGUCCCAAGCUGAGGAGGCUGUGCAGAACGGAGCUUCAUUCAUCACACAUCUCUUCAAUGCUAUGCUGCCUUUUCACCAUCGAGACCCAGGCAUUGUGGGUCUCCUCACCAGCGACCAGGUUCCCCAGGACCGGACGGUCUUCUACGGAAUGAUUGCUGAUGGCAUCCACACCAACUCUGCCGCCCUGCGUAUCGCCCACAGAGCACACCCUACAGGUCUAGUGUUGGUGACUGAUGCCAUCACAGCGAUGGGUCUACCUCCGGGCCGCCACACCUUGGGUCAGCAAGUCAUUGAGAUCCAGGGGCUCCAUGCUUAUGUAGCAGGCACCAAGACGCUCAGUGGCAGUAUAGCCACAAUGGACAUGUGUGUCAGGCACUUCAAACAGGCUUCAGGCUGCAGUGUGGAGCAAGCCCUGGAGGCAGCGUCACUCCACCCGGCCCAGCUCCUGGGCAUCACCCGCUGUAAAGGCACCCUGGACUAUGGGGCAGACGCAGAUCUCGUUCUGCUGGAUGAUGCUAUCAAUGUCAGAGCCACCUACAUCGCAGGCCAGGAAGUGUGGAGGAAAUGACAUCAUAAUAAUCAGUCCCCCACCGCUGCCCCACCCACCCACGUGGACCAAAUGGCAUCCUAUUCCCUAAAUAGUGCACUACUUUUGACCAGAACAGAGCAUCAUAAAGGGAAUAGGGUGCCAUUUGGGACACAGUCAAUGCCUGGCUGCAUUGUGCUGGACACUCAUCACAGACCCUAGAUGGCACCACUCUAUAAGAAGAAUUUUGGAUGUAGCACAAAGAAGUGCACUUAUGUAGGGUGCUAUUUGAGCUGCAGCCUGGUAAAAUGGAGCCACUUGUAAAAUGCUACAGUAUAGAAUUCAAUAGUUUUGUGCUAUAUUUUUAUUGACAUUUUGCAUUAAGACACUUAACACAACAUAUACUGCAUUGAAAUUAUUUUAAUAAUCUGUUUGAUACAUGGGGACAUAGCACUGGGGUAACGCAGUUUCUCUGGACCCCCGCAAGGUUAGAUCCCUCCCUAAAAUAAAACAAAAUCUUAAGUGUUAGCCAGACCGCCACUCAUAAAGUAUAGACUACCGAUCGUUGUCCAUGGUGCUGAAAUUGUGACACAUCUAUGCAGCUGCAUGCAUACCAAAUCGAUGAUAGGAUUUCUGUGGUGCCAGGGCAUGUAAAGCUUUGCUUUAGCUAAUGGAUCAAUGUUUAUUGGUAGGCCUAUUUGGUCAUAAUUUUCUCAUGUUAAGCCUAACAUUUCACAAAGCUAUACACGGUGUCGCAAUGCUGACAUUUUUUACUGCUGGCUGAUGGCAAUAAUGUAAUUACUUGUUAAGUAAUUCAAGUAAUUCAAUUCAGAUUGCAGAGUGUAAAAUGUAUUUGCGAUGCAACCGCAUACUAAUCAGCUACCAAUUGAUUUUGUAAAAUAUAUUGUACAACUGUCCAGUAUAGGCUACCGGAACCUGCAUGACAUGAGCUGUUCUCGAUCUCUCCCAGCUUGGAUAGAAAGUUGUUAUGCAUAAAACUAGUCUAUUAAAGGGAUAAUCCACCCCAAAAAAUAAAAUCAUAAAACUCCUGUCGAUUUGGUGAAAGCCUAUGUUCUAUUAGUGGGUAAAAUUCCAAUUUUCCAUGAUUUAACGUCUGUGGUCGGCCUGUGAAAAUCAGGAAAUUGUGUAGGAACGUGACAUAGCUAUAUGAUUAGAUGCCUUUUUGGCUGUGAGCUCACAAUUGCUUGUUAGACACUGGGAUUGUUUAUGCUUUAUUCAAGUCUGACCAUCACUCAAGUACAAACACAGGGUUAAAUGCCCCACGUUCCCAAACCCUAAACAAGGUACAACGUUUAAGCAUGAUUUUACUUCCUUUAUAGAAUUAAUUAAAUAUCUGCUGUAUCUAAUAUAAUGCUAUAAUAGACUCUUAUCACACAACUGUUAACUGUUUUCUUUUCACCAAUUGGUUGGUGAAAAUCCCUGAUCCCUGAUGUUGCUACUCUGCUCUGGGCCUAAGAGUGACUAAAUGUGAUGCAAUAGUCCACUCAAAAACUUGUCUCACAUUUGGAUUCUCUAGAUCAGGUAUUCACAAACUAGAGUACGCGCAAUGCCGUCUGGGGCACGCCAAAUAAAAAUGAGUUUCUUCAUAUUUUCAAAGAGUACAUUUAUAUUUUCCAACAGGGUAUACAUUUGAGUGAGGUUUUUUUUCUCGCCUGAGUAGCUUCGUUUCACUGCCAAAAAUAAAUGAAACCAUCUAGUGUUCAGCAGAAUAACAACACAAUAUCGAUUACAGGUCGCCUAGUCAAAUAAUUAACAUCCAAUCAGUAACUGAUACUCUCUCGCGGGAAACCUUCACUCUUGCACAGACAUUUAGAAACGAUACAUGACAAUUUGAAAAAUAAGCCACAAGUUUUUUGAGCGAGAAUAAAGACUACUUUCAAGUAGUAAGGCAUGUGUAAAAGCAAAAGAUACCAUUAAUAGGAAGGGCAUAGAAGCAUGUUAUAUGGUGAGCUACCGAGUCGCUAGGACAGGCAGGCCCCAUACUAUUGUGGAGGACUUAAUUAUUCCUGCUGCCGCGGAUAUGGCUGGGGAAAAAGGCCAAAAAACGAUACAGACAAUGUCUUCAUCAAACAACACUGUUUCACAAUGCAUCAUUGACAUGGCAGGAGAUGUGUUGAAACAAUUACUGCUUUGCAUACAAGCCAGUGAAUUAUAUGCAUUACAGCUGGAUGAGUCAAUAGACGUGUCGGGCCUGGCACAGCUCCUGGUGUCUGUUAUGUUUAUGCGGGGUCAAUUAAGGAAGACAUCCUCUUCUGAAAACCAGGACAACAUAAGAGGAUUUUUUUUAUAGUACUGGACAGCUUUGUGACAUCCAAUGUAAUUUGCAUAGUCAAAAUGUGUUGGUAUCUGUACUGAUGGCGCAAAAGCCAUGACAGGGUGACAUAGUGGAGUGUUAACGUGUAUGCAAGCAGUUGCUCCCGACGCCACUUGGGUACACUGCAGCAUCCAUCGAGAGGCUUUUGCUGCCAAGGGAAUGCCUGACAGCUUGAAAGAUGUUUUGGACACUACAGUGAAAAUGGUUAACUUUGUUAAAGCAAAUCCCCUGAGCUCUUGUGUAUUUUCUGCAUUAUGCAGUGAUUUCGGUAGUGACCAUGUAAUGCUUUUACAACAUACAGAAGUGCGCUGGUUAUCAAGGGGCAAAGUAUUGACAUGUUUUUUUUUUUUAUUGAAAGAAGAGCUUAAAGUUUUUUUACUGACCAUAAUUUUCACUUGUCUGACCACUUGCAUGAUGACGAGUUUCUCACACGACUGGCCUUUCUGGGUGAUGUUUUUUCUCGCCUGAAUGAUCUGAAUCUAGGAUUACAGGGACUCUCCGCAACUAUAUUCAAUGUGCGGGACAAAAUUGAGGCUAUGAUUAAGACGUUGGAGCUCUUUUCUGUCUGCAUUAACAAGGACAACACACAGGUCUUUCCAUCAUUGUAUGAUUUGUUUGUGUGCAAAUGAACUCAAGCUUACGGACCAUGUCAAAUGUGAUAUAUAGGGAAGCACCUGCGUGAGCUGGGUGCGCAAUUAUGCAGGCUGUGGCUCGGGUGGUUAAUGCCCUUGAUUAUAUUUUUGGCCUUCCUGUGACAUCGGGUGCUAUAGGUGUCAGUGAUGCGUUGGGAAGACCGCACCACCGUCUGGAGAGCCCUGCAGUUGCAGGCGGUGCAGUUGCCGUACCAGGCGGUGAUACAGCCCGACAGGAUGCUCUCAAUUGUGCAUCUGUAAAAGUUUGAGAGGGUUAUAAGGGGCCAAGCCAAAUUUCUUCAGCCUCCUGAGGUUGAAGAGGCGCAGUUGUGCCUUCAUCACCACACUGCAAACCAUGGACCCAUUUUGUAUUCUACAUGAGUCAAAUGUAAUGGAGUCUGUUGCCCAUGUUGUGAAUGGUUGCUGUUUAUACAAGGAUUUCAAUUUUUGCAAUCUUUUGAGCAUGGAUUAAAUUAAUUAUAUUAUUUUUGCA